CUCUGAUGCAACUCUGUUUGUUAUGGUGGCAUUUUGUGAAGGUCUCAGGAUUCUGUCCAUAAAUGAGCGUUUUUGAUCUGUUUCGUGGGUUUUUCGGGGUUCCCGGAGGUCAUUAUCGAGAAGAUGGCCGCAGGGACCCCUUCUUUGAUGGAAUGAUUCAUGAAGAUGAUGAUGAUGAAGACGAGGAUGACUUUAACAGACCCCAUCGGGAUCCGUUUGACGAUGCCUUCAGGUUUGGAUUCAGUUUCGGUCCAGGCGGGGCACGCUUUGAAGAGCCUCAGAUGUUCGGCCAGAUCUUCAGAGACAUGGAGGAGAUGUUUGCUGGUCUGGGACGCUUUGAUGAGCGACAUGGAUUUGGACCGAGAGGUUUCCCGUCAAUAGAAGCUCCACCUCCACAGGAAGGAGUUGAGAAAGGCAGGAGUGGGACAGGAAGUGGGAAUCCCAUCAGAGAUUUCAUGUUGAAGUCUCCUGACCGCUCACCUAAAGAUCCAGAGCACAGAGAGGAUUCUCCACCAAAUCAUCCUCACAGGAGGCCUUUCUCAAAGUUCAACGAUAUUUGGAAAGAUGGACUGUUAAAACCAAAGGGGGAAGACAAAAGGGAGGAUGGAGAUCUGGACUCACAGGUGUCUUCAGGUGGACUGGACCAGAUCUUGAAAGAUCCAGCACCUUCACAGCCAAAAACAAGGUCAUUUUUUAAGUCUGUCAGCGUCACCAAGGUGGUCCGACCGGAUGGAACUGUAGAAGAACGGCGAACAGUCAGAGAUGGAGAAGGUAAUGAAGAGACGACCGUGACCAUCUCAGAAAGGCCAGGUGGGCAAGAUAGGCCAGUCCUGGAUCAGUCUGGUCCUUUAAUGCCAGGUGGUUCUGACAUGCAGGAUGAUUUCUCCAUGUUUUCCAAGUUCUUCAGAGGCUUUCGAAGUUAAAAGAGUUUUGGAACCAAAACCGAAGGACAAUCUCUUUCCCGGCAAACCCACCACGAUCACAAUAUUUCAUUCUUAAGUAUAUUUGUGGAGAUCCACAACAUCAACAUUGAUCAAAUAUCACACAAUGAACCUCAAAACUCUGCUGACUUUUUCAUUUUUUAUAUAAUUUCCAUUAAAGAUAUGCAAAUAAUUAUAUAGACCGAACUUUGGGUUAGUUGGGUUUUGUUCAGAAAUGACACUUUAAUAUAUUUAAACAUUUUAUUUCAAUAGGUGUAAAUAAAAAAACUAAAUGAA